UAUCGACAUUUUUUCUGUACUGUAGUGGGGCUGCCUGUAGCGGGGCUUACCUGUAGAGGGUCUGCCUGUAGCGGGGCUACCUGUAGCAAGACGGCCUUACGACCUAUCCAAAUACAGACGACAAAAUGCUUCUUCUAGCGACGGGGAUACUGGCUGCCCUUUCCGGUACCAUAUACCUUGGAAUCAAAAUUUUCGCGCCAUGGCUUCAUCACGACUUGGUAUACUUACGUAAGGCCAUGAAGUGUGUUAAAGAAUUCAAUUUGGCGGCAAAAGCCAAGAAGACUUUGGCAGAUUAUUUCGACGAGACCGUCGCCUUAUACCCGAACAAAGUGUUUCUCAUAUUCCAGGAGAAAUCCUUUACUUACAAACAGGUGGAAGAGAAAGCUAAUCAGGUAGCACGCGCGGCACUAGAAAUGGGGCUCCAUACGGGUGAUGUGGUCGCAAUUAUGAUGUAUAACCAGCCAGACCUUAUCUGGACCUACCUAGGUCUACAAAAGGUCGGUAUUCAGCAAGCGUUUAUCAACCACAACUUAAGGUCCAAGUCCUUAUUGCACUGCAUCAAAGUGUGUGAGCCUAAACUACUCAUCGUCGGUCAAGGAAAGGAUUUGUUGGAUUCUAUAACUGACAUUCAAGAUGAAAUCACCGGAAUUUCAUUUUACUCAUAUGAUGUGUCAUUUCCGGUCACAUUUAAGUCGUUUACAGAAACAUGUUCUCGCAUGUCCACUGAUGCCAUCGACAUGUCGGAAAGGUCCUCAUUGGAACUUUCCUCUGUUAAUUGUUAUAUUUUCACUUCUGGUACGACAGGUCUGCCAAAACCAGCUAUAGUUACACAUGCUAAAACUCUGAAGGGAGCCUUUGUGAUGUGGAUGUUUGACCUCUCUAGAGACGAUAUCUUAUAUGAACCUUUACCAUUGUAUCACUCCGCUGGUCUCUUAAUGGGUAUCGGCGCUGUAUUAACAAAAGGCGCCACAGUCGUAUUGAGAGAGAAAUUUUCAGCCACACGUUUCUGGGAGGAUUGCCGAAAGCACAAUGUCACAAUCAUCCACUACGUUGGGGAGCUAUUGCGAUACCUGGUCAACACGCCAGAGUCUCCCGAAGACAAGAAACAUUGCGUGAAACAUGCCCUGGGUAAUGGUCUGCGGCCGGAUGUUUGGGCGGAGUUCCAGCGUAGAUUCGCUGUACCCAACGUGGUGGAAUUCUACGCCGCGACGGAGAUGCCAAUUGGUUUCAUCAACGUCUUCAACAAAUUCGGAGCAUGUGGAAGAAGCUCACCAUUCCUGAGGAAAAUUGUACCGUGUACAUUUGUGAAGUAUGACGUCAACAAAGACGAACCGUUUCGUGGCGAUGAUGGGUUAUGCUUACCGUGUGGCGCAGACGAGGUUGGUCUGCUGGUUAUCCCUCUGGGUAAAGAUGUGACAUUUGAGGGCUACAAAAAUCAAGAGACUGCCAAUAAGAAAAAACUCAUAGAAAACGUAUUCAAACAAGGCGAUGUAUAUGUUAAUGCCGGCGAUCUCCUCUAUGUGGACAAGGAUUACUUUACUUAUUUUCAUGACAGGGUCGGUGAUACAUUUAGGUGGAAAGGAGAGAACGUAUCGACCAUGGAGGUGGCAAAUGUGGUGUCUAGUGUAGCCUUCCUACGUGAUGCCUGUUGUUACGGUGUAGUCAUUCCUGGAUGUGAAGGUCGAGCCGGGAUGGUGGCUGUUUGUCACAAAGAUGCCGAACGAUCUGAACUGUCUGAAAAUGAGCUGGAUGUAAUUUGUAAUCAGGGAAGCGAACUACUUCCGUCCUACGCAAGACCACGUUUCCUUCGUUUGCAAAAAGAAUUUGAAAUAACGUCAACAUUUAAACAAAGGAAAACUACCCUUCAGAAAGAGGCGUUUGAUGUUGUAAACAUAAAAGAUCACGUGUACUACCUAGAUCUAGAUACUGGACGGUACCGCCACCUGACGGAAAACACAUGUACAGAAAUCACAGCAGGGCAGAUUAGCCUAUGAGGUCACAAUUUUCUAACCCUUUCUCAUUUUUGCUUAACUGACAUAUAAAUCAUAUCAAACAGUCGUUAACUGAAAUAACACUGUAUAAUAUUUGUUUUUCCUGUAUUCCGAAACUGUAUUCAGCAUAUGCUUUUACGUACAAUGUACAUAAUUAAACUAA